AUGCGUUUCUCAUCUUCUUUUAUACUACUUGCUGCUAUAUUUAUGUUCGGUGUAACUGCUACCGGCGAUACGACGUCAACACCACCUGCUGCUGAUGGUCCUCUUCUCAGCCCUGAAACGGAGAAAAAAGUGAUGGGAUACCUGGUGAAUGUUGGUGAACAAGGCAAAAGUAUCCUAAACACAAGCCAGAAUAAUUGCAAGGCUGCCCAAGCAGGCAAUUACGACACAUGUAUCAUUGAUGACAUCAGAAGACAAGCAUACGAGCUCGGUCUGCCCGUACCUACACUUUAA